AUAUUCUGGGGGAAACGACCAGACAGCAGCAUCAAACCGUCCCAGCUAAACGUCUAAACGCGAAAAGGUUUUUGUUUUAAUGUUUUUGUUUUCUUAAUUGAAUAUUGAAAUAGAGAGCUCGGCACUUAUUUUCUUUUAUCAUCCAGAUCAUCGGGAUAGUACAGCGAACAAAAGUCUUCAAGAGCUGAAGGGAAACUACCAAAAGAAUAACAGCAAUGAUGACCAGCUAUAGACCUACAUCAAAAGCAAACGGGCGUGAUCUGGUGAUGUUGGUGUAUUUUGCCAUACAGCUUGUGGGGGCUAGAACAACAGGUUCUGAUGGUUUAUGUAGUGCCGCUCCAGAACUUAUGACAUGCCCAUCUAUCACCAUCCGGGACACUGGCGAACUCAUCCAAUUGACUCAUAAGAUAUUCCGAACCAGUCAUCCUAUAUCGGGCAAACGCACCAACAAUUUCGUUUGCAGGUUACCAGAAUGUCGAGGGAAUCCUUGCUUCCAUGGAGGCACAUGUAUAGAAGAAGCCAGUGGCUACCGGUGUGUCUGCCCGGAGUUUACCACUGGGACGCAUUGUGAGCAGAAUGCUACCGUGACACCGUGCGCUUGUAAUCCUUGUCUUCAUGGAGGCUCCUGUGUGGAAGAAAGUCGUGGAUACUCCUGCCUCUGUCCCGGUGGGACCACCGGUUCAAACUGUGAAAGCCGUUUUUCAGAAUGCGACGACCUCUUCACGGCAGGCUACCUACAAAGUGGGGUGUAUGACAUCUGUGUUAUGGUUUCAGACGGCUCUCUAUGCACUCCUGUCCCAGUGUACUGCGAUAUGGAUAGCUACGGGUGGACGUUGAUUCAGAGGCGUUUCGACGGAAGUGUUAACUUUAACCGCACAUGGGCCGACUACAAGACGGGGUUCGGCAAUGUGUCUGCAGAGUUCUGGUUAGGUAAUGACGUCAUUCAUCACAUGACCAAGAGCGGUACCUCUACACUUCGCGUUGUCCUUGAAUUAGAUGGGAAUGGUCUCCACGCCGUCUACAAGCGAUUCAGCGUGGCGGAUGAAAAGUCUGGAUAUCAGCUAAGCUUUGUAAGGUACAGCGGUUCGGCAGGAGAUGCUAUGAGGCCACUUGAUGGGCUUCGAUUUAGUACUUUGGAUUGGGACCAGGACCUUUCAAACAGGACCAACUGCGCACUGAAAUAUGGAGGCUUCUGGUACGCCGAGUGUGACAACGUGAAACUUAACGUACAUCCAUCCAAACGGGGACUUGCCGAGUGGACCGUAGAUGGCAACCUAACAUCAUUUACGAGUGUGCACAUGAAAAUACGUACCGGCUAAAAGGUUCCUGCAACCCAAGUAACAUAUAGGCUUUGAUAAAUCUGAGCCGUGAAGACCAGGGGAGCCGGAACGUAUUUUCGUUUUGCGGGUGCAAAGCCAAAAAAAGGCACUUAUAAUGUCAAAUGGGAAUUUUGAUGCAAACGGAUAUUUUCACCAUGAUAUUAUAAUCUGCGCUAAGUGUAUAUAGUUGUGUGUAUUGCAGUAAUUUAGUUGAGUAAAGCCAUUUGUUAGUGAUUUCUGAUUGAUAAAAAUAUAUAUUCAAGCUUCAAUUUUCCGCAAGCGAGCAGUUUGGAAAAAUUUGAAAUAUGAUAUUCUGAAACUCGCGUUUUUGGUCAAUUAUCGCGGAAAUACAGUUAAAAGGGGGUCCUUGCGAACACGAAUCGCAGGCUCAAACUUUUUAAUUUUCAUGUACUAAUAAAACCUGAAAAUACAUUCCGAGCAGUUUUUGGUAUCAUGAAAAAUAUGUGUAUGUUGGCUAAAGAAAUGACGCGAGCGCGAAGCGCGAGCUGAAAAAUUCAAUAUAUUGACUGGAAAUGAAAGCUGGUAAGGACUGCAUUUAGUGACUUAUGAAUAGGAUAUAUAUUUUUCAUUAUUCAAUCUUUCACGGCAUUAUACCUAACUAAUGAGUUUGUUAACAAAUAUUUCAACAUUAUUGCAUAAUGUUUAGUAAUUAUACGUUUAUUUACAAAAGAUUAAGCCCAACAAAUCUGUGAACGUUUAAAAUCUAACUUAUUUUGAAAGGCUUCUAUUUGAUAUGAAUUUCUGCCGUUUAAACGUGAUCAUUUGUCGUUACAACUCUAAGCAAAACUAAUUGUUUAAUAAUUUGAUCAAUAUAUUAGAAGUGUGUUUCCAUGUUUGUUUUCGUUAUAGGGUUUUUAGUAUCGACAUUGUAAGUCUGAAGAGGAAACGGAAGAGACGUGAGGGUGCUUGCAGGAACUACGCGAACGGUAUAAAGGCCUUGAGAAUCGUCAUCACGUGACGUCACCAUGAUAAGCCAUCAGUGUUUGAAUUCACCGGGCGAUACUCAUUGUUUUUUUUAAUGGGCCCAAACCACUAGCGUACCUAAGGGGGUCACAAGCAAAAAUAGGAAGCGAAAAAAGGGGGGGAAAAAAGAAAAGAGGAAAAAGGAAGAGAAAAAAAGGGGGAAGGGGAAAAAGAAGAAAGAGUUUAAGAGAAGGGGGAGAACAAAAAGUGGACUGCAGACUGUCGGAAAAAAUGUAAACUGACGGGCACACGGGAGUGUCCCAACUAUUUCGGUUUUUUAAUUCCACCAUCUUUGUCGGUAAAUGUCAAUUAAACUACACUUUUAUUGUGAUUUUUAUGCAAUGCAACUUUUAGAGCUCUCUGUACCGAUAGUGAGGACGGACUGGGCUGACCAGGGGCAGGUAAAAGGUUGAGAACAACUUUUAGGUAUUGUAAUUAUAACAAUUAAAAAUUUCCUGCGUAGCUCUCGCAUCAAUUUUAAGUUGGAUACUUAAGACAAAUGUUUGGUUUUCAGGUUGAAA